AUGGCUGGAGUGAUACAAUGUUUUCGUGAUGAAUUUUUACCAGCACAUCAAAAUGAUGAAUAUGUUGAUCUAUCUAGUCUCGUUCAGAAACUGAAAAAUUUUACACCGACUCCAUUGCAAUGUACGAAACCAGAAGAAUCUGUCCAAAAUAUGCCAGCAGUUGUCAUUAUGAAUUUUUCCAGUCAUUAUGGCGAAAAGUUAAAAAUUUCAUUUCCAAAUAAAGGAUUUACAGCAUUGGCUAAUAUUGUUCAACGAAAUGGUUCGGAUAUUCAUGCUCGUGCUCAACUAACAUUAAUGGUUCACAUUACGAAAAUGGAAAUGCAGUUAUGGCUAGCAGUAUUACUCUUUAUGAAAAUUGAAGAUUUAUUUGUUCAUACAAAUCUGACACAACAGUUGGAACAGUGGAAAUCGAUUGUACUGAAAACCAUCAAUCAUCCUCAGGUGAGUUCAAAUAAAUAA